CAAUUCUAAACUGAAGGUACUAGUGUAAUAAUCAGCUGAAAAAGAAGAGAAUGAAGAACAAGAAAAUGUGCAGAAACCCAUCGACGGUGAUUGUCAAUGAGCCCGGACGAACGAAGGAGCGAUCUAACGAACGAACGAGUGAGCGAGCGAUAUAUAUACUGUGGGCGAUGCAUCAUCUGUUUUUCUACGAACAGUGCACGGUCAUAUGGCUUGCUUAUUUUCAUACGGCGCUGUUGCACGAAUGCCGCGGAGCCCUCUCGUGCGUAUGGCCGUCUGGCAGCGCUGUCUUAUCUGUUCCUGCUGUGACGCGAGCACUUCCGUGCAAGGCCGGAUGGACGCCGGCGAUAGCGGUUCUGCCGCGCUGACUGUCAUCGCAGUUCGCGCAAAGGCCGUCAGUGGCUCUGCCGUGGAAGCCGGAGCUGAGCGCCGCGGUGAUAGUGUCGCACCGUGCCCUGUCACACUGCGACGGAUGAGGACCACGGCGCCGCUGGCCUGCGUCGUGCUCAUCGCGGCUCUCGGGCGGCACCUGUGCGAACGCGCAGCCCGGUCGGGCUGCCCGCAUCUCGGCGGCUGCGCCUGCAUGAAGGUGCGCCGCGGCCUGCGGGUCCUGUGCAAUGCCACCGUGGACGGCGACGCUUUGAGCGCGGACAUCUCGAAGCUUGCAGGCUUCUCGCUAAACGCGCUCAUCUUAGACGGCGUGAACCUCACAGUUCUUCCUUCGCAGUACUUUGAGGACCUCACAGUCACGUCUCUGUCCCUGAAGAACACGCCCCUGCAGUCCACAACGAACGGCAGCUUCCAAGGAGCCAAGAUUCUCUCGACGCUGUACAUGGGACGCAACAGGCUGCGCGCGAUUCCGCGAGGGCUGCAGGCGGUGCCGGCUCUGAAAAUUCUGCGGCUGCCGGACAACUACAUAACCAGCCUUGAAAAUAUACCACCACUCGAGAACCUGACGGAGUUGGACCUAUCGGGUAAUCUCAUCGCGAGGCUCAACGGUGCUGACCUGAGAGGUCUUGGCGGCCUGAAAAAAGUGCUACUGGCAAACAACCUCAUACAUUUUAUGUCAUAUUUCAUCUUUAAAAGUGCGAAGCAUAUAAUGUUUGUUGAUUUGCACAACAAUUUUCUCACAAACAUCUACAACGCCUUUCAAGGUCUUGAUGAUAUCAUGGAGAUCGACUUGUCUAACAACAGAAUAAUUGGCAUCGACAAGUUAUCCACGGGAACUACGCCCAAGCUCAAGAUACUCCGUGCUGGCAAUAACAAUAUCUCUUGGCUCUCCAAGUUUGGUCCUCGCAACAUCGCAAUUGAAAAACUGGAACUGAGGAACUGCAACAUAAGCGAAUUGCGCACUGAUACGUUUAGCCAGCUGUCUGAGUUGAAGGUUCUUGAUCUCUCUUACAACGCCAUCGAAUAUAUACCCGGCAGCUAUUUUCACAAGGAGUCGAAGCUCAAGUACUUCAACAUUGCUGCAAACAAGCUCCGCAGCAUAAACAGUACUUUCAAGGUAACACGGCGCAUGGAAAAGCUAAACUUAUCCAUGAACUACAUCGAAGACAUUGGGGAAGCUUUCGUCAGCAUGCCGGCAUUGAAAAUAUUGACGCUAAGGAAUAACCGUAUCCAGUUCAUUCAGGAUGACACGUUCAAGUUUAACUCCAACAUCGAACACCUGGAUCUGAGCGGCAACAAGCUUGAGUGGGUCGGCAAAGACUGCUUUCUUCGUCUGUUUCGCCUCAGGGUGCUUCUCAUGACCGGAACUUCACUCGCACUGCUCAAUGGUUCGCUGCAUGGUCUGCCCUACUUGAAGUACCUCUUCAUUCACGACAACCGCCUGCAGAGGCUCACCGCUGCGGAUUUUGAAGGCAGCCGGCAGCUUUCUUUCAUCUAUGCGAGCCGGAACAAUAUCACCAGCGUCCGAGGAGCGUUCAGAGGUCUUCACGACUUGCAGACGCUCAGACUAGACGGAAAUCGACUCAGAUCCUUGCACAGAGCAAGCUUCCCGGAGAAGCUCGACAAACUGAAGCGGCUCGAGUUGGGCGGAAAUCCACUUCUCUGCGACUGUCAGCUUACGUGGCUCGUGAAAAGCGCCGCUUCUCUAGCUGCAAAAGGGGUCCCAGUUUGUCAAGGGCCCCACUGGAACCGAGGGGAGCAACUGUUCAACUUAUCAGUAGAGAAUCUCACGGCGUGGUUCACGAACUGCAGCCGGGGCUGCGACUGUGCCUGCCUUCAGGACACACCGUUUUCUGCAGCCAUACUCGUCAACUGUUCUCGCAAAGGACUGAAGGAGCUUCCAGGAGAGUUCCCGUCGAAAACACGCGUCCUUGAUCUAAGCUGGAACCGCUUGAGUCAACUGCAAAACGAAUUGAUCUUUAAGACUCCAUUCCUCGUUUCACUGAACCUAGCCAAUAAUCUACUUUCAGGCAUCGGAACCGGAGUCAUUCCGCGCUCAACGGAACGGAUAGACCUGAGCAAGAACUCUCUGCGUACCUUUCCUUUUGGGAUGGUCUCCGAAAGGACAGUAGCGGCCAUUUGGCUUUCGGGUAAUCCUUGGGAGUGCAGCUGUCAGGACUACUCCUUCAGGCAAUGGGCCGAAGCACAUAGUUCUGCAAUUAAGGAUUACAACGAAACUGUCUGCGCUCAAGGACAAAGCCAGUAUACAUCCGGAAAGAAGUUCAUGCACCUCGGAGAAAAGGAUUUGUGCCCCUCACUGAAAGUCUUCAUCGUGCUGGCGUAUGGAAUUCCUUUCCUGGCAUUGCUGGUUACUGUCAUGGCCUCCGUGACAGUCUACUUGAAAUACAAGCAGCAGAUAAGGGUGUGGCUGUACGCGCGCGGAAUCUGCCACACUCUCCAGUGCAUCAAGGAGGAUGAUAUUGACGAGGACAAGGACUUCGACGUGUUCCUCUCGUUCAGCAGCAAAGAUCGAGAGUGGGCGUACAGCGAGCUUCUUCCGAAAGUCGAGGCGCAUGGCUUCUCGGUCUGUACCUAUGACCGAAACUUCAAGGGUGGCUUCCUGAUUCAGGACAUCGUACAGGAGGCCGUCUCGUGCUCAAGGCGCACGCUCUUGGUUCUGACACAGCACUACGUGGAGAGUGAAUGGUGCCGCUGGGAAUUUCGCGUGGCGCAGCACCGUGCCCUGCAGGACAACAUCAACCGCCUGAUCAUCGUGGCCGUUGGCGAGGUCUGUCCCGAAGGCAUCGACGAGGAACUGCAGCGGUACAUGCAGGAGACCAACUAUCUGCGUUGGGGCGAACCGCAUUUCUGGGACAAGUUGCUCUACUCGCUGCCCAAGAAGGGCGCCCGCACCAGGGUCAUCCCGAACGCGUACCCUAUGUCUCCUGUCGCUUCGACGAUACACGGGUGUGCUGUGAAACGUGUGCUGCGCAGACACGCCACCGACCGUGUGAAAACUCUGGACACAGACGAAAGAAGGAUGCUACCAUCGGCAAAACAAGUGCUGCGUCGGGUAGGCCUGCGUGUGUGCCUGCUGUUAAUGACGUGCGCGUUCCGCUCGUCCGUGGCCCGAGAGUCGUGGCGCAAUGUGAACGCUACCUGCCCGAAGCUGGAGCGCUGCGAAUGUUUUGUCAUCAGUCAAGGGGCUCUGACACUCUGCAGGAAUGUAUCUCAACCGCACGAACUUGACGCCGACAUGGCCAAGCUCGAGGGUAUUGUCCACAGGAAACUGACCUUCGACCAUGUUCAAAUGACCGAGCUGCCGGCCGCGUGGUUCUCAAAUCACACAAUCAUCAUGUUGAUCAUCGUCAACAGUCCCCUCCGUGACAUCGGGGAUGAAGCCGUCGGUGCUUUGGGCCGAAUGUCGCGAAUGCUGCUGGAGAAUGACCAGCUGGAGGCUUUGCCCCGAGGCUUGGCGGCGGCGAAGCACUUGCGCUGGCUCGAAGUGCGCAAGAACCGCAUCCGAUUCCUUCAAGGCGUGUUACCUUUGCCCGGACUGUUCGAGUUGGAUAUUCGCUUCAACGCGAUCGAGCGAAUCGAUGAAAAAUAUCUGUGGGGCUUACCUAAUCUGGAGCAUUUGCGCGUUUCCGGCAACAGAAUACGGCAGCUGCCAGCUACCCUAUUCAAGAAUACGAGAAAGUUGAAGAAAGUUGAGUUUCGUAACAACAACAUUGCAGAGGUAAACGGCGUGUUCGACGAUAUGCCUUACAUAGAGACUCUCGACUUGAGUUACAAUAUGAUUACAGACGUCGACAGGUUGUUGAAAGCAAGAAUGCCUUACUUAAGUACGCUUAAUCUCGAUCAUAAUCGAAUUAACGCUAUAAGCGAAGUCGCAUCGUCAAACGCCAUGAUUGAAGAACUCUUCUUGAACGACAAUGAAAUAACUCAAGUGGAGGUCGGUUCCUUCGCGGCUUUGGAAGAAAUGACCCGUCUGGACCUCAGCCGCAACAGCAUAUUGUAUUUAAACGAGUCGGUUUUUAAUACAGACUCAAAGCUGGAAUACCUGGGAUUGUCGGACAACCGCUUAGCUAGCGUGACAGGAGUGUUUGGCAGGACGCGUCGCCUGAAGGACCUGAAGUUGUCGUCCAACCGGAUUGAGGACAUCACCAGCGCCUUCAAGGGUCUAACGCUAUUGAGAAAGAUUUCGCUCAGGAGCAAUCUGGUGACCCACGUUCCUGACGGCACAUUUAGCGACAACAGUGGCCUGGUUGAAAUCAACUUGAGUGAUAACAAGAUACUGUGGGUGGGAAGGAACGCCUUCGUGGGGCUCGUUAUCCUCGACAAGCUGCUGCUGCAAAACAACCUGCUCCUGGCGCUCAACGGCUCUUCGAGAAAUCUGCCUAAGCUACGUUACGUGGACGCCUCCAACAACGCAAUCCAGUCCCUGGAAAACGGCGAAUUCGCCAACGAUGGCCGCCUGGCUUCUAUUCAACUAACAGCGAACAACAUCAGCAAUGUGCGAGGAGCUUUCACAGGUGCCAAUAACCUGGUGGGGCUCUUCCUGAGGCGAAACCGAGUGGAGCUGCUGCGCCGGAGUGACUUCGCCAAGGCGCUAAAGAAGAAGCCGACGAUCAUCCUUGACGAGAACCCCCUAAUAUGCGACUGCAGAAUGGCUUGGCUUAUGCGGCCGGACGGCGAAGCACGGGCGGGAAACUACCUGCCAUGUGCGGGGCCACAGUGGCUGAAAGGAAACCUCUUUAACGGGCUCACGGAGAACGAGCUGAUCAGGUGGAAAAAGGACUGCGAGCUGGGUUGUCGCUGCGACUGCCGAGAAGACUCCCUCGGUGACCGAGCCAUCGCCGUCGACUGCACAUCGGCGGCACUGAACCGCGCGCCGCAAGUAUUUCCAGAGGGCACAACCGAGUUGGAACUCCGCGAUAACAGCAUCGAAGAGAUUGGCGACGCUCUCAUCAACGGUGCGCCACACCUCGAAGUUCUCUCCCUGCGAAAUAACCUCCUGACAAGCUUCAAUGUGACCGAGAUACCCGAAAAUGUGCGCUAUCUCGACUUGAGUAGCAACCGUAUGAAGCGGUUCCCGUACGCCUUCGUGACGAAGCACAACCUGACGUCGUUGCGGCUCUCCGCCAACCCUUUCGUGUGCGAGUGUGCCGACUACCCUUUCAGACAGUGGAUGGAAGCUCACGGUCAUGUGAUCCUGGAUGUCGCAGACAUCAUGUGUGCCGAGAGUUCCAAUUCACUGGUGUCCCUGAAGCCCUUUGUGACAUUAGGGCAGAAACAACUGUGCCCGGGAGCUGUUCCACGAGCCAUAAUAUACAUACUGCCCAUCUUGGUGUCGCUGGUGAUCGGGCUGGCGCUGUCGGCGGCCUACCUGCGCUACAAGCGCGAGCUGAAGGUGUGGCUGUACGCGCGCGGCGUGUGCCGCUCGCUGCAGUGCAUCAAGGAGGACGAGCUGGACGAAGAGAAGCUGUUCGACGUGUUCCUCUCGUUCAGCAGCCGGGACGCCGGCUGGGUCCACGCGCAGCUGCUGCCCGGCGUCGAGGCGCUCGGCUUCUCGGUCUGCACCUACGAGCGAAACUUCAAGGGCGGCUUCCUGCUGCAGGACAUCAUCCGCGACGCCGUGGCGUGCUCCAGGCGCACCUUGCUGCUGCUCACGGAAAACUUCAUGGAGAGCGAGUGGUGUCGUUGGGAGUUUCGGGUGGCGUACCAGCGUGCCCUGACUGAUCAUAUAAACCGGUUGGUGAUCGUGCUUGUUGACGAGGUGCCUGCUGACUCACUGGACGAGGACCUCCAAACGUACGUGCGGGCCGCAAACUAUGUACGCUGGGGCGAGCCGAACUUCUGGGACAAGCUGUUAUACUCGCUGCCCAAGAAGGACUCCAAGAGAAAGCUCAUCACCAGCAGAGUAGAAGAGCACUCCCUGGGCUAUAUCACCGACCCUUGCCUUUCUUUGCCUCUGUUCUCUCUCUGGGCCGCCAGUGAUGGCUUUGUGUGUGCGCGCGUCAGAACCUCGCAAUCGAGCUGUGAAACGCCAGCCAAAGUUCGUGCGCGUCGCCUCCGGCAGAGUUGGAUCGCACCCGACAUGUUGUCAUCUACAGCGAAACAACUACGCCAAAUAGACUGGCUGGUGCUCGUGCUAGCAACGUGCACGUUCUGUUGGACCGAGGCCAAAGAAUGGCGCAGGGUGAACGCCACCUGCCCAAAGCUGUCGCAUUGCCAAUGUACCGUCGUCAAGAAAGGGGCUUUGACCACGUGCAGGAACGUCGUCAGCAGACAAGAACUGGACGCGGACAUGGCAAAGUUAGAGGGAAUCGUCCACUCGAAACUCGCUUUCGACGACGUCCAAGUCACAGAGCUGCCAGCUUCGUGGUUCUCCAACCAUUCAGUAAGCUUGCUAGUUGUCAAAAACUCUCCCCUGCGCGAUAUCGAAACGGCGGCCGUCAGUGGCAUCGACAGACUGUCGCGCCUGCUGCUGGAGAAUGACCGGUUGGACGUUGUGCCUCGCGAUGUGAGUGCGGCGAAGCGCCUGCGCUGGCUCCAUAUACGAAAGAACUACAUCAGAUCCCUGCAAGGCAUGUUAUCUCUGCCCGAACUGUUCGAACUGGAUCUUCGCUUCAACGCCAUUGAGACGAUAGAUGAAAGAUAUUUCUCGGGAAUGGCUAAUCUGCAGAGUCUUCUGCUGUCUUCUAAUAAGAUACAGCACCUGCCGCGUAUGCUUUUCAAAGAUACGAAAAAGUUGAAGUAUGUGGAGUUUCGCAGCAACCGCAUUACAAUGAUCAACGCCGUGUUCGACGAUCUGCGCUACCUGGAGGUUCUCGAUUUAAGCCGCAACGUGAUCACAGACAUCGAAGAGCUAAUGGCCUCCAAAAUGCCUUAUCUGAAAACUAUUAAUCUCGAAGAUAACCGUAUAAACGUGAUCCCUGAGGUAUCAGCGUCCAAUGCAAUGAUCGGAAGAGUUCUUCUUAGCAGGAACCAAAUUAUCGAAGUAAGACCCGGAGCCUUCGCGGCACUGGAAGCAAUGUCUCGUGUCGAGAUGAGCAACAACAGCAUAUCCUCUUUGGACGAGUCGGUUUUUCAUGCCAACUCCAAGUUGGAACAUCUUGCACUGUCAGGAAACGAGAUGACUAGCAUAUUAGGAACGUUCAGAAAUAUCCAUUGGAUCAAAGAAUUGGUCUUGGCGUCAAACGAAAUAGAAGACAUAACGGAUGCCUUUAAGGGACUUACGCUACUGAGGGUGCUUUCGCUUAAGAACAACGUUGUGUCCCAUGUUCAAGAUGGCACUUUCAGCGACAACCCUGGCCUUGUUGAGAUAAAUUUGAGCCAUAACAAGCUACAGUGGAUCGGAAGAAACGCUUUCAAGGGUCUUGUGACGCUGAACAAGUUGAUUCUCCGUGGCAACCAGUUGCUGUCCCUCAACGGCUCUGUAAGGAAUCUGCCCUUCGUGCAAUAUCUGGACGCCUCAUUCAACGCAAUACAGUCCAUGGAAAAGGGAGAGUUUUCCAACAGCGGCCACCUGACUUUCAUCCAAUUUGCGUACAACAACAUCAGCGAUGUGCGAGGGGCUUUCACUGGAGCCACAAGCCUGGUGGGACUCGGGCUUAGAGGAAACCAAGUGCAGCUGCUACGGCGCACGGAUUUCGCUGAGCGACUGACCACCAAGCCGACCCUCACUCUUGACGACAACCCUCUGAUGUGUGACUGCAGACUGGCUUGGCUUCUGGGACGAAACAGCGAAGUGCGGACGCGAAGUUACCCGAAAUGCGAGAACCCGCCGUGGCUGAAGGGAACGCUGUUGCACGACCUUACGAGGCAACAGGUGAUCCGGUGGCAAGACAACUGCGAGCUGGGUUGCCGGUGCGACUGCCGCGAAGACUCCCUCGGCGAACGAACGAUCGCCGUCGACUGCUCGUCGGCGGCACUCAACCGCACGCCGCAAGCCUUCCCAGAGGAGACGACGCGGCUGGAACUCCACGACAACCGCAUAGAAGGCCUUGGCGACGCUCUCGUCAAAGGCGCGCCACGCCUCGAAGUUCUCUCGCUCAGAAAUAAUCUUCUGACCGGUCUCAAUGUAAGCCAGAUCCCCGAAAAAGUUCGCUCACUCGACCUGAGUGGCAACCGCAUGAAGCGGCUCCCCUAUGCCCUCGUGACGGGACGAAACUUGACGACUUUGAGGCUGUCCGCCAACCCUUUCGCGUGCGAAUGCAUCGACUACCCUUUCAGACAGUGGAUGGAAGCUCACGGCGACACGAUUUUGGAUGCUGUAGACAUUGUGUGCGCAGAGAACCCCAAUUCACUGGUAUCUUCGAAAGCAUUCGCGACUCUAGGACAGAAAGAACUUUGUCCGGCAGCUGUACCAGGCGUCAUAGCGUACGUGCUACCUGUCUUGGUGUCGCUGGUGAUCGGGCUGGCGCUGUCGGCGGCCUACCUGCGCUACAAGCGCGAGCUGAAGGUGUGGCUGUACGCGCGCGGCGUGUGCCGCUCGCUGCAGUGCAUCAAGGAGGACGAGCUGGACGAAGAGAAGCUGUUCGACGUGUUCCUCUCGUUCAGCAGCCGGGACGCCGGCUGGGUCCGCGCGCAGCUGCUGCCCGGGGUCGAGGCGCUCGGCUUCUCGGUCUGCACCUACGAGCGAAACUUCAAGGGCGGCUUCCUGCUGCAGGACAUCAUCCGCGACGCCGUGGCGUGCUCCAGGCGCACCUUGCUGCUGCUUACGGAGAACUUUGUGGAGAGCGAAUGGUGUCGCUGGGAGUUCCGUCUGGCGUACCAGCGCGCUCUGGAGGACCACGUCAACCGGUUGGUGAUCGUGCUUGUCGACGAGGUCGCCCCUGGGUCACUGAACGAGGACCUCCGUGCGUACAUGCAGGCCACGAAUUACGCACGCUGGGGAGAGCCGAACUUCUGGGACAAGUUACUGUACUCGCUUCCCAAGAGACACGCCAAGCGGAAGCUCAUCCUCGACAGGCCGCAAGAGUACCCCAUGACACCUAUCACCAGCGCUGUACAGGAACAGGAAUAAAAUGUGCUUCGCUAAUCCGCAGGGGUACCACUUGUCACCAAAGCGAAGAUACAUUUAAUAAGACGUUGCAGAUGACUCUGAGAGGAUUCCAAGCAGCGGGGGAUACGU